AUGUACGUCCGUCACCCUCACUGGUCACUGUAUGUAUGUACAUCCGGAAGAAUUUUUGAAACAUUUGGCAUACGUCCCAAAUUGAUUCCACAAGAUAAACAAAUGGAACUGACAGCGCUUUCUAGUAUUAUGGUAAAUAAAGAUUCUCCAAAAUCUGGCAGACCCAUUGUUGCUAUUGGAGAGACGGGUCUUGAUGAUACUAGUAAACACUCGAUUGGCGAACAACUAAUGAUAUAUACAGAGCAGGUUUUAAUGGCUGCGAGAUUUCAAAUGCCCCUGGUACUUCACUGCAGAGGAACUCAUCUCUUUCGACAAAUGUAUGAGAUUUUGAAAACGGUUUUACCGAUGAAUCACCCGAUACAUUGGCAUUGCAUAAAUGCGAACAGCGAUUUAUCAUUACUAAUGGAGUUAAUGAACACAUUUCCCAACUCAUAUAUUGCUUUCAAUGGUUCUAGUGUGAGUAAUAGUGAUGAGAAUAUACAGAAAGCAUUUCGUAAAUGGAUUUUAGACCUCAAAGAUUUACUAUCUCACCUUAUACUUGAGACUGACUUUCCAUUCUUAUGUCCUGAAGGUUUAUAUGUACAUGACUAUAACCCGAUAAGUGGUAUCUUUGCUUCGGCUAAGUUCAUUGAAGAAACGGCGCGGAUUCGUGGGGAGAAUGCGAAUAAACUCAUUCAAUUAUCGAAUUCCAAUAUAAGACGUGUAUAUAACCUUUCACGAUUUGAUGUCUGA